GUUAACUCAACUUCACUGUCACGUGCACUUCGUUAAUAAGGUCAUCAUCAUUUCAGUACCAUGGCCUUGGAGCAGUUAGCAUCGAUUCCGGCUCUCAAUCCCGUUAACGGCGAAUCUGCCGCCGUCGAGGAACCCCGUCUGCCUUCCGGUGACGGUGGGGAGAACGUAGGUAAGGCCCCGAGGCUUCCUAGAUGGACAAGACAGGAGAUACUCGUGCUCAUCCAGGGAAAAAGGGUAGCCGAGAAUCGGGUCCGGCGGGGUCGUGCUGCUAGCCUGGCUUUUGGGUCCGCUGUGGAACCCAAAUGGACAUCGGUCUCGUCUUACUGCAAGAGGCACGGGGUGAACCGGGGCCCGGUUCAGUGCCGAAAGAGGUGGAGUAAUUUGGCUGGAGAUUUUAAGAAAAUCAAGGAAUGGGAGAGUAACAUAAGGGAUGAAAUGGAAUCCUAUUGGGUGAUGCGGAACGAUUUGAGGAAGGAGAGGAAGUUGCCUGUGUUUUUUGACAAGGAGGUUUAUGAUAUCCUGGACAGCGGUGGCGGCCCAACAGUCUCGACUUCAUCCGUUGCGCCCGGAUUGACUCUGGCUCUAACUCCUACUCCUACGUCGGAGGAUACGGAGACAAUUCUCGACAGCGGGAGGUGCGCCGCGGCGGAUGAUGGUUUGUUUUCCAACUUUGAGAAGGAUGAGGAUGGUGGGAGCCCGGAAAAGGUGGAACAGGCAGCGGGAAGCGCGGUACCUGUUCCCAUACCUAUUUCAGGUGCACCAAAAGAGAAAAAUGCGACCUUAAAUCCUGAGAUAGGUUCUACUUCUCAAGACGGAAGGAAGAGGAAACGGUUUUCCACGGACGCAGAUGAGGAAAUGAGCAAUCUGCGGCAUCAGUUGAUCAAUGUCUUGGAAAGGAACGGGAAAACGCUGACUGCCCAACUUGAAUCUCAAAACACCAACUUCCAAUUAGACAGGGAGCAGCGGAAAAGCCACACUGAUAGCUUAGUUGACGUUCUCAACAAGCUGGCAGAUGCUCUGGGAAGAAUUGCCGAUAAAUUAUAGUGAAGAGCAACCAGAUUACACUGUACAUAGCAGGCUUUCGUCGAGUAUCAUAGAGGUUGAAGCAUUGGUUGGAUUAUAUCAUUUAUAGGAAAAAGACAUACAUAUUUUUUAUUUUCCUAUUCUUAUUUACUUUCUACAUUAAUAGGUUCAUACAGUAACAAUAUGGUUAGGAUUUUUAAGGUCAGAAUAUACCAUAUUUCUGCUUUCUUCUGUUAUUCAUAUUUGUCACAGUGGGGUUUUAUGGAUUUUGCCUUCUAUAUUUUGGAACCUUCUAUUGAUUAACAGAGCAACAGAAUUUAGUC